AUGGCCGCAGCCGCUGGCUUCGACGCGCUAUUCAUCGACCUCGAGCAUUCGGCCUUGUCCGUCAACGAUGCCAGCCAACUUUGCACGAUAGGUCUGUUAGCUGGGACAACGCCGUUUGUCAGAGUGCCGUACCAGUGCGGCGACGGGCUCGUCCAGAGAGUCCUGGAUGGAGGAGCUAUGGGGGUCAUUUUCCCGCAUGUGAGCACGAGGGGUGAGGCCGAAUCUGCCGUCUCCAUCUCAAAGUACCCACCCGCCGGGAAACGGUCUUCGACCGGGCAACUCCCCCAAUUCGGAUACGCUGCCCAGCCUCACUCCAUCAUGAUACCAGAAUGCAACAACGUGGGCUCGACCGUCAUCGUCAUGAUCGAAACCCAGGAGGCUCUGCAGAACCUCGACGCCAUCGCCUCCGUCCCGGGCGUCGAUGUGCUCCUCGUCGGGUCGAACGACUUGACCGUCGAGCUCGGCAUUCCCGCGCAGUUUGACAGUCCAGUGUACAAGGAGGCGAUGGAAAAGGUGAGCCAAGCGUGCAAGAAGCAUGGCAAGAUCAUGGGUUUGGGGGGCGUUUAUGACAACCCCACCAUCCAGGGCUGGGCCGUGCAUGAGUUGGGCGUGGGCUUCAUCCUGGGCGGGCAGGAUUCGAGUUUCAUUGCAAAAGGGGCAAAGGCCUGUGUUGAGGCGUUGGUUAAAGUGGAGGGAAACCAGAAUUGA